AUGGCAGAUGAAGAUGCGGUAGAAAGAGAACUUGAUAAAAUAGCAGCGCGGUUUAAGCAAAAAGAAGAGUCGAUAAGACAAUACAGAGAGAAAGAGAUAAAGAGAAGGAAGUUCAUCACUAGAGCGAAGGAACUGAUGGCCGAGGAAAAGUUACAGGAAAAUAUGUCUAAAGGCUUGAAGAAACCUCCUGACAGUCCUGAGAAGACUCCGAAGAUGGUGUUGAAGAAGCUGCCAAAGAGUUAG